UCAGAGCGCAACACUUCGCGAUAGCUCAGACAACCUACGAAAGCGUGUGAACACAGGGUCCAUCAGGACAAGGUCCAUACCAAGCAGAAGGCCUGCUAAAAGCCUAUCGAAGAAUUUCAGAAGUUUGGAGAGGUUCAAGAAAACAAACCUGGUCGUUUCCGCAGCGAGGGCAGUGACUGAAAACCGAAGAUCAACAAUGGCAGCCGCACUAGUAUCGUGAAAUGCUUCAAAAUUAAUCAUUAUACUUCAAAGAUCGCAAGCCAACGAUCUGAUCUAUUAGUGUAUAACCUGCGUGUUCAAAUUCCUUAUUCAAAAUGGCGUACAGCAAACCACUCAGCUUCUCUUUCCACAAACAAGAAGAUUUCGCAUCAGUAUUCACGUUCAACAACACAACACUUCCAUUGUCAACGAUGCGUGACUCCCCAUUCCCAGAGCUCAGCUCCAGCCCAAAGUCAAGAUUUCCAACCAUCCCAAGCCCAACAAAUACUUCACCAUUCCCAUCUCCGUUCCCCAAAGCCAAUGGCACAACUCUUGCCAAGUACACAGACCACUCUUCUCACGCACUCCCUGGUGAGUGCAUCACAGAAUGCAAGAUCUGCAAAACACUCUAUGGCCUAGAUAUUGCAGCUUUCUACUGGUCACUUAUGGCUAUGUAUGGCUUGCCAUACAGAAGCCCAGUUUCGCCUCCCCUCCCCUCUGACGUCAGAGCCAAGAGCCCAAUGGGGAGUGCCUGCAGUGACUCCCAGCCACCUUCACCUGCUAGUUCAACAGGAGAAGAAAUCGGCAAAGAAUCUGCCAUAUACCGUUGUAAUGUCUGCCAGAAAACAUACUCGCAUCCACGAUUUUUGAAUCGCCAUUUACAGUCACAUACACCAUUCAAAAAACACCACUGCCCUCGCUGCGGUAAAGGCUUCAAUGAUGCCUUCGACCUCAAGCGACACAUCAGAACACAUACAGGAGUUAAGCCAUUUAAAUGCAACCUUUGCGACAAAUCAUUCACACAACGCUGUUCACUCGAAGCCCAUUCAACACGUGUGCAUGGCGUUGCCCACAAAUUCUCUUUCCGAGAGAGAAGACCCAAGGUCUAUGUCUGUGAAGAAUGUGGAAUUACUUUUCACGACAACAGUAAGUUCCGCCAACACAGCAAAGAGCAUGGAUCUUGUGCCAUGGCUUCUCAGAUUAUUAAUUUCAAAUAGAUUGCUGCCAAUUUCAGGUUUGAGAAAUUUGUAUAUAUUCGUUAAUAAUAGCUCACGUGGUUGGUUUUAGGGCUCUCCCUCGCAUCCAUGUUUUCAUGAUGAACGCCUUCGAAUUACAGGACCUAUGUAUGCGCCUUCACAGUGUUAUUUUUGUACUUGGCGCAGCUGCUUUAGAAUUCACCGUGCCUGAAGGGCUUUAAAUCGCCACUUGAGCUAUUAAGAACGAAUUGAGUAGAUAGUUAGUACAUAGCAGUCAGCUAUGUUAUAGUAUUUGUAAAUAUAUUGUUGCGUUAAACCUCAAAAUAAUGUUGAAUCACGUCGUGUCAGUUGUGUAUUGUAAAUUAAUGGCUUUUAUAAGGCUCGUCACUAAUACACAACAAUUUGCCGAUAUCGGCAAACCUUUAUGUACAUAUCGUUUUAGUAUCGUUUUUCUUUAGUAAGUUUUUCUAGUUUUAUUUGGUAGUUUGUUGAUAGGAUAUAGCGUGGCCGAAGAAAAAGGGACGGCAGCCUCGUUUUUAAAAGCAAAUAUCUGAAUUUCCUCAUCCAUGCGAGGUCUUUGCUGAAAUAGGUUUGCUUAUAAGUCGAACUGAAAGAAAGUUUCUAAGUGUAGGUGAGCAAUUGCUGCCAGCAACCCAACGAGGCUGUUCAGUCCCUUUGGCCUUCUUAUCUUUAGGUCUUUUCUAAAUCGUUCAAUUAAGGUUUGAGUAGAUUGCCAUCACAUGCUGUUACACUGCCACAAUUUCCUGUUUGACUUAAGUGUGUCGUUUCGUCGUCAUCAUUUUGACCAGAAUUAAUGCUUACAUUGUGUUUUCUUACGGCAUUGAAGAGCCACUCUUGCAAUUAGAUUUCCCUCAAAGAGAAAACAAUUUUCCUCUAGCACCUAAGCACCUACGCUCUUGCGCAGGAGCACCGUGUUCAUGAAGCGUUUCCAGUUACGGUCAGUGGUUUCUUUCAAACGCGAAAUAAAAACCACGCUGUUUCCGUUUUCAAACGCGUAAUUAAAUAAAAACACUGACCAUGUUUAUUUCGGUAGCCAUUUUAGAAGACCAUGUCCGUUUGUGGUCAAGUAUGGAGCAUUUGUUGGUGCCGCGCCAUAUAUAGAUCGGCAUAAGGACUAGUUUGGAUUAGUUUUGUCAUUCUUCCAACGGAAUGUUAUUUCAUAUCAAGGUCUGGUUAAUGCGGCGAUUGAGAAAAUGAGAAACACACUUUGUUUUCAAGAAAAUAUUCGCAACCUUUUCGAAAUAUUCAGUCAAAAAAGUUUUUGUGGCAUUUUAACAGGCAUUAUGUACGGCUUUGGCACAUUUAGGGACUUUCUUACUAACUGUUUCUCCCACGGAAAGUUAUAUUGAUACGGUGUCUUCUGUCCGCUAACAAGCCGCUUCACCCUAAUUUACUGCAUCCCGCUCAAAAUAACCUAAUUGCUCGUCCAAAAGAGUCCCAUAAAUAUGGCCUUAUUAAGAGUCCACGAAAAUGUGUUACUGUUUAUGAAGACCCCUUGGCUGGCUUGCAUGUGACAUAAGUCACAUUGACGAGCUUACAGACAAAUCCACACAAGGCAGAAUUAUGGUUAUAAGGCACUCUUUGAUGUCCAAAGACCACACUCUGACAAGCUUUGUCGAUUCACGACGUUGUUUUCGAGCUUCGAAAGUUCGUAAACAAUCACUCCGGCUAAGAUAAUAUGGCCUUGUCAAUUGUCCUAUUGAUAUCAGGGCACUGGAGCGCUUAACCCGAUUAGAUCUCUGAAGUUGUUCAUAUUCGAUGUCCUUUUAUGGAGUUGACUCAUUCUCCAUGUAUUGUUCUUUCCAGUCCUCAAUAUCUAUCCUUACCGCUAUAAGCGGCCUCAGCCGCAGCCGUAGCCUAUCUGCUUUUCAACUGUUUCUAUACCAAUUUCCGUCUUUUUGUUGAACAUUGUCUGUAAAUAGAUUGUUUACCAUUGGAUUAUGCAAGUGAAAGCCCUCGCAAAUUCUUACCUGAUUUGAGUGUUGUACAAUGAGUACGUUGAGUUUUCCAGCAUAGAGAAACAAGCCUGUUUUAAAAAGCUCGCACCUUCAGCACCGUCCCCUCCUCCAGGUCCAAAUCUUGCUGUCCCGCACAGCAUAGGCCACAUAUUUGCUCUAGUCCCUAAAUGUUGCUACUUUUUCAUUAGUUAUUUUACCUAAUUUUUUAUAUCUAUACGUUAUUGUUUAUAUUAAACAAAUGGCAAAGUUGCCCGUUGAAAGUAAGGUCGCUUUAAAUUCGGCUUUGAGUUUUUUAUAUCUUUUAUCUACUAUACCGUACAAUCUUUUAGUAACGUUGAUCGUGAAACGUGAUAGACUUGAGAUAGGCUAACAAUUAAGAACGGUGGGAACCCACACGAUAUCUUGUUAACGUAAUCUUGUUUUUCUUAUCACUGAUUUAAAUUCUAACUGGCCUAACAAACCAUCGUCUGUUAACGGAGCUUUUGUGCAAAAGAAUGGUGAAUGCGUGUUAUUCAGUUGCCUGAACGGAAAGGAAAUAGUAAGUAAGAGGAUCAAUUCAAUUUAAAAACAGCCCAUUCAUUUCGAUAUUCGCUAGCCUUACUCAUUUCACCGCAAUGCCCCAAAGUAACUUAAGCGCCACCGCAAUGCCUAUCACGUAAGUUCACGAUUAACUUCGAACAAUUAAGACAAUCUGUUCUUUAAUUCCUUGCGAAUAGGUUCUGCCGAUGAACCGAAAUUCUGUCGAUAACUGGGUGAUUUUAUAGAGGGGAAUAAUCAGUGUGGUUAAUAGAGUCUACUUUUCGACAUUUUCUCUGUUCAGAUUAAAGAAUGUGUGUACUGAAUUGUGAAGGUGACUAAGCAAACUUUCCCCGAACUCAGAAGCACCAAUCUUAAAGGUAAUGUGUCCAUAUAGAAGGACUGCGUAUACCCAACAUGUCAAAUAACAUCAAAAUAACGGUUUGCGAUUGGUUAGUAUUCUUGCGAUGCAAAACUGCUCACAUGAAAAACUAACCUUGCAGCAGGGUUAAUAAACAGAGUGACUGUAAUGGCUGGGACGAUGAUAUGAAAAAUCACAUGUUUCUGAAAACCCCCGCAGAGUUACUUGCUUUAGCUGGACACAUUACCUUUAAUGUUAAUUCAACUCAUCACCCAGUUUACAAAUUUUCGGCAGACUUUCUUUAUAAGUAUUUUGUAUUUACAGUUUCACUCGUUAUUUCGAUUUUUAAAAGUGGAAACCGUUUUUUAUAAAUCCCUUAUGUUCUUUAUAAGAGCCCGAGUCGUGGAUUGUCUUAACACCGUUAUUAGUUCGGAAAAGUUUGUUAAUUUGUAGUAGUGUGAGUUUUUAUAUAUAAUCUCGUGUUAAUCGGCCUAUAUGGACAAAAACUCAUUGCUCGCUGCCUUGAAUGGAAAACAGUUAUGCAUGAAGUUGCCAUAUAUAUGGACCACCGUUAUCUUUUGAGAAAUGAAAAGAUUUGACCGACAAAUUGUGGCUAGUAGAAUCGCGUGAUAGACUGCUACUUCGAAUGCUUCUCAAAGAUAACCUCAAUUGUAUUCCUGCGGAAAUCAGCUCCGAGGCUAAUGCCGAGAUUGCUGUAAUAGCCACUUGGUGACUUGAAUUUUCGAGCUCAUCCAUUCAAAGUCAGAUUUCAAGAUACUUUGGAUUUCCGCUUCCGGAGAUAUCCGCAAUCACUGAGCUGACUUGAUAACUGUGCAAUCUCAUGGUAUAAAUGCUUACAAAAUGCUGUUCUUCAAUGAUCUGCUCUAUCAAACGAGGAUCAAAACAGCUAUUUCUAAUCGCAAAGCCCGCAUUUUAACUGCGGUAGACUUUCACUAAGUACGCGCUCGACGCUGCGCAUGGACAAACGUUGGAACGAGACCAGGUCAUUGCAAAAGGAGGCAGCGUAUCAACUUUUGGCUAACUGGAUCUGGUUUGGUCUAAAACGACAAGCGAGUAGUUCGCACUCGCAUUUUCUUUGAGGUGUCUGUUAUAUUUGUUUAAACAUAGAAUUUGUAUGCAUUUUUAGUGGUAUUUGAUUUGCAUGUUAUUGAUAAAAACCUAAGGUAUUUGUAUAACGUCCCUUUGAAUAAAAAUGGUAGUUUUGAUAAGGUAUUUUAGAUAAGGUAGAUAGAAUUAUCUUUGUUAUUCUAGCUUUUUACAGUUUGGUGGGAUUUACGCUGGAUAAGUUUGGAGAUAAAUGUUUUGCAGGCUAGUCAUAAAAGACAAUUUUGAAUGCCCAUUUGAAAAGCAUGUCCCUAACUCUAUAAAUCAAGUUUUUGUUUUCCUAAACAGGCGGAUAAUCCCCGAAUUUGUUUACGUGGUAACUAGGUUUUGAUCUGCUGACAUGCCUCGGAGAAGAUUUGUUUUGCUAACUAUGCAGAUAUGUAUUUACGAACUGCUUUUGCGAUCCGAGGCUAAAAGUUUUAGAAUUCUCCUUAUUUGGACCCUAGAUAUAAAUACUGAAGAAUCACAGUAGCCUAUGCAUAUAACUUUUGCCUACAUUUUCGUCUGCUAUUCUGUUAAGAUAAUAUGAACCCUGCUAUCUAAGCUUCCAUUAACCAAUAGCCAACUUACAGGUGACUUUAAUCAGCAAAUCUCUCUUCACACCCCCCCCCCUCCUACCCCUACGCAUCCCAUGUCGUACAUCUAAAUGCAAAGCUGCAAAUAUUGUGGAUCCGGAUCUUUUUUCAAAUUUACUUUUUUGUGAAUGUCAUUCCCUAUUUUCCUAAGUGGCAAAUCUUUGUAAAAAUGAUAACCUUUUCUUUCUCGUCGUUUUAUUUUGUUCCUCUAUUCAGGCUAAAAAAUCAUUCUUCUUUGCUUUUAUGGCUCGCCCAGCAACAACAACUUUUUUGUAGAUUUUUGUAGUUUUUGUAAUUUUGCAGACUGGUUCUGCAUUUGUAUUCGGUAGUUUAAUAGUUUUGUAUUUGCUAUUCUGGUCUUUGUAAUUUGAAUUUUUGUAUUUAGCCGGUAUUAUUGUGUGUGCACCUCGA